AUGUCGGAUACUGUUGCACCGAUCUGGAGUGCCGAAGUACAACACCGUAAGCCCAUUGGUUCGUGGUCCUCCUGGUUGAACGAACGCUACUGGGUGCGCCAAGUAACUUCCUGGCCACAGCUGCCCCUCUUCCGCUUCAACAGUCCGGAGUUCGAAACUGCGAGCCAGUGCCACUUCAUCCGCGUUCCUCUGGACAGCGAUGACCAGCUCCGCUUUACGGGAGUUGUGCGCUUGGGCACACCACCUCGCAGUGUUCGUGUGAUUUUCGAUACGGGGUCAAGCGACACGUGGGUAUCAAGCAACUACGCUGCCGAUGUGGGCGCACGGUCAGCAUCAAGAGCUUUUACCCUCGGAUACGGAGGUGGCAUCGUCUCUGGACUCGUAGCUCAUACAGACUUGCAACUCCGUUCUAACCCCGCCGACGUAAUCCUCCUUCCUGUAGGCUUCGUAAACGACCAUACAUCGGUGCUAUCCGGACUGGACGCUCAAGGUGUCGUGGGUCUGGGGAUGGAAGCACUUGCUCAGAUCCAGAGCAACUGGAGCCUUGUGGGUCUGUUGGCUCAGCAGAGCAGAAUGAAACCUCUGGCCGUCUCGCUCUUUAUCAGUAGCUGGUCUCAAGCUCAGCCGGCGUCUCUGUUAAUUAUCGGAGGCGUCGACCCAGCUCUGUUGACUGCCAACGCGACGUGGUUCAGCUUCCCCGUCGUUUCUAAUAUUCAGUCUUCCAAGACAGGCUAUGGAUUCUGGGCCUUGACAUUGCAGAACUUGUCGUUUGGCAAUGAAAGCCUACCGUUUGGAGGUCCAAGUAGGAGCUCUGGCAUCGCACUGCUCGACUCCGGAACGUCCGUGCUGUUAUUACCCCGACACACUUUCGAUACUGUCAUCCACGUGCUCUCCGUCCGCUUUGCGACCACCUCGACGUCGUGA